CGAGGUGGGGGGGAAGGGGCUCGGGGAUCGGCUGAUCGAGCCUGCCGCACAAUGAAUGGCCGCUGAGCGCGGUGGGGACCGGGUCGGGCACCGGCAGCGGCUCCGGAGCGGCUCCCGGCCUGCGGCCGCCGUCGCCUCCCGCCAUGGCUCAGACGCUGCAGAUGGAGAUCCCAAACUUCGGGAACAGCAUCCUGGAGUGCCUGAACGAGCAGCGGCUGCAGGGCCUCUACUGCGACGUCUCGGUGGUGGUGAAGGGCCACGCGUUCAAGGCUCACCGCGCCGUCCUGGCCGCCAGCAGCUCCUAUUUUCGGGACCUUUUCAACAGCAGCAAAAGCGCGGUGGUGGAGCUGCCAGCCGCCGUCCAGCCCCAAUCCUUCCAGCAGAUCCUCAGUUUCUGCUACACCGGGCGGCUCAGCAUGAAUGUGGGCGACCAAUUCCUGCUCAUGUACACCGCCGGCUUCCUGCAGAUCCAGGAGAUCAUGGAGAAGGGGACUGAGUUCUUCCUCAAGGUCAGCUCGCCCAGCUGCGACUCACAGGGGCUGCACGUGCGAGGAGGCGCCGUCCUCGGAGCCCAGAGCCCCGUGGCGCAGACCUCGGGGUGCCCUCGGGGGGCGACAGCGCUUCCACUGGUCUCGCGGGUGAAGACGGAGCAGGGUGAGCCAGACGGCGUGCAGUGCACGUUCGUCUCAAAACGCCUCUGGGACGGCAGCUCCAAGGAUGGCAGCGCUGCCGCCGGUGGAAACGGCAGCCGCAAGAUGGCCAAGUUUUCAGCGCCGGAACCGGGACGACAACCGCAGCCUCCAACCCCGGUGGCAGGACCGGCACCGGCGGCGGCACCAGCAGCGGCACCGGGUCCCAGCGCGGCAGAUCAGACAAGCCCGGGCGGGACGUCGAGUGCCUACACGAGCGACAGCCCCGGCUCCUUCCACGAGGAGGAUGAGGAGGAGGAUGGGGGCGAGGAAGGCUCGGAGGAGCAGUACCGGCAGAUCUGCAACAUGUACACCAUGUACAGCAUGAUGAAUGUGGGGCCAGCAGCCACGGAGAAGGUGGAGGCGCUGCCAGACCAGGCGAGCUCGGAGUCACGCAGCCGGGUGCGGGUGCGGCAGGAUUUGGCCUCGCUCCCGGCCGAGCUGAUCAACCAGAUCGGGAACCGCUGUCACCCCAAGCUCUACGACGAGGGAGACCCCGCUGAGAAGCUCGAGCUCGUCACCGGCACCAAUGUCUACAUCACGCGGGCGCAGCUCAUGAACUGCCAUGUCAGCGCCGGGACGCGGCACAAGGUGCUGCUCCGGCGGCUCCUCGCCUCUUUCUUUGACCGGAACACCCUGGCCAACAGCUGCGGCACCGGCAUCCGCUCAUCCACCAACGACCCCAGCCGGAAGCCGCUUGAUAGCCGAGUCCUGCACGCCGUCAAGUUCUACUGCCAGAACUUUGCUCCCAACUUCAAGGAGAGCGAAAUGAACGCCAUCGCGGCCGACAUGUGCACGAACGCGCGGCGCGUGGUGCGCAAGAGUUGGAUGCCCAAACUGAAGCUGCUCAUGGCCGAAGGCGACUCCUACACCUCCUUCAUCAAUGACAGCGGAAAACUCGAACCCGACAUCAUGGGCCCCGAACCCCCCUUCGAGCCCGGCGGCCACGACGCUGAGGGGGGCAACCCCGCCGAGGGGCUGCAGUGACCCCCCCCAUCCCAUCCCCGGGGAACCCCCCCCCUCCCCAAAUCUUGG